AUGUGCUGUUCCUCGUGCUGUCAGCCCACCUGCUGUGGGUCCAGCUGCUGCCGGCCCUGCUGCUGCUGCCGCCCAUGCUGCGUGUCCAGCUGUUGCCGGCCCAGCUGCUGCUGCCGCCCAUGCUGCGUGUCCAGCUGUUGCCGGCCCAGCUGCUGCUGCCGCCCAUGCUGCGUGUCCAGCUGCUGCCGGCCCAGCUGCUGCUGCCGCCCAUGCUGCGUGUCCAGCUGCUGCCGGCCCAGCUGCUGCUGCCGCCCAUGCUGCGUGUCCAGCUGUUGCCGGCCCAGCUGCUGCUGCCGCCCAUGCUGUGUGUCCAGCUGUUGCCAGCCCUGCUGCCGCCCAUGCUGCGUGUCCAGCUGCUGCCGGCCCUGCUGCUGCUGCCGCCCAUGCUGUGUGUCCAGCUGCUGCCGGCCCUGCUGCUGCUGA